AUGCACGACACGACGCUUCGCCGGGGCCUCUUUGUCGCUAUUUUCCUUUUCGUCUUCUUGGGCGCCUUCGUCACGCUGGACGCCUACCGGUACAUGUGGAUGUUCUUGUCCAUCAUCUUCGGAGUCGUCAUCUUCACGGACUGUGUUUUCUUCAACGAAGGCGACUUCCUCUACGAUCCCUUUUACAGCAACUGGCUCGAGAAGACUUCUCCGCAGUACUGA